CGCCGCUGCAGGCUGGCGGCGGCGGCGGCGGCGGCAGCGAGGGGACGGCGGGGACAGGCAGGCGGCCGCGCCGGCAGCAACAGCCGGGGAAGCCCACGCCCCGCCUGCACCUCCGAGGCGCGCCCCGGGAGCGGGAGCGGCCCCGCGGCGGCCCCGCCCAGGCAGAGGCGAGCGCCUGGCACCCGGAGCCCCGAGCCGGCAGCCGCGGAAAGCCCGGGCAGCGGCGGGAGCGCGGGGGCGCGGCCCGAAGGAGCCGCAGAGCGAGCCGGGGCCGGGGGGGGGGGGAGGGCGCCGGGCGCGAGCAUCCCGCGCCGCGGCAGCGGAGGCGGCUUCACGGGAGACAAAAGCCCGCCGAGAGACGCGAUGCCCGGCCGGCGCGGGCGCGGGGGCCGCGGCGUCUGAGCGCGCCGAGCCGUGCGCCCCGGGGACGCCGAGGCUCGGCCGGUGCCCGCGGCGGAGGGCGGCAGGCGGGGCCCAGGUGCGCCCGGCCGCGUCGGGCCCGUAACUGCUCGGGGGGCGGCGCCCUCCCGCCGCAGCCGCAGUGGCCGGCGCCGCAGCGAGGAGCCAUGGGCAACAUCUCUUCCAACAUCUCGGCCUUCCAGUCCCUGCACAUCGUCAUGCUGGGCUUGGACUCGGCCGGCAAGACCACGGUGCUGUACCGGCUCAAGUUCAACGAGUUCGUGAACACGGUGCCCACCAUCGGCUUCAACACGGAGAAGAUCAAGCUGAGCAACGGCACGGCCAAGGGCAUCAGCUGCCACUUCUGGGACGUGGGCGGCCAGGAGAAGCUGCGGCCGCUGUGGAAGUCCUACAGCCGCUGCACGGACGGCAUCAUCUACGUGGUGGACUCGGUGGACGUGGACCGGCUGGAGGAGGCCAAGACGGAGCUGCACAAGGUGACCAAGUUCGCCGAGAACCAGGGCACGCCGCUGUUGGUCAUCGCCAACAAGCAGGACCUGCCCAAGUCGCUGCCCGUGGCCGAGAUCGAGAAGCAGCUGGCGCUGCACGAGCUCAUCCCGGCCACCACCUACCACGUCCAGCCGGCGUGCGCCAUCAUCGGCGAGGGCCUCACCGAGGGCAUGGACAAGCUCUAUGAGAUGAUCCUGAAACGCAGGAAGUCCCUCAAACAGAAGAAGAAGCGAUCUGCUACGAAUGAAUACUCACCUUAGAAAUACUCAAUUUAGGAAAAAAAGACCUUUUAGAUCCCUUUACACUGCAAGUGGCGACAUGUUCAGAUUUCUAAUUGGUUCAUCGUGGCCUAUCUGGUUUCAGUAUUUUCAUUACAAAUAUCUCGCUAGAGUAUUUGAUGUCAUGCACCAACAAAUAAAAGCCCACCUUGUUGCAAAAGCCGACCUCAUUGCAUGGAUUUAAAGGCGAGGGAAAAGCACAAGGAGGUCCUUCCUAAUUCCUUCUUGUGGAAGCUGGUUGCAGAGCAAAUGCAGACACAGUGAGUGCUUGAGAUAAAAGAAAGCCUGUGACGUAAUGGUCACCUGUCCUCAGGCUCCUCACAGUUUACUUGAAAGAGGCUUUGGAAAUAGAUAAAGUGAAAGAAGAAGAAAUACCUAUUUUUAAUAAUGUAAUUUAAAAAAUCCUUUAUAAUCAGGACCGAGUCUUGGUUUGCAGAAGCUGUCAUUUACCCUGAAACACAGUAUCAAACAGGAAACUUAACGCUUCCUGUGUGAUUUUGAUUUCCUCUUUGAAUCCGUGGUUACAGGUGGAAUUACGUUUUUUUCCCCCUCUAUGAUAAAUUUCUGUGCGAAGGAGGCCUUUAGAAAUUGGGUAUGAUCAUGUGUGUGAGCAUGUGAGAUAGUCAAAUUAUAAAUCCAUGCCUAUUUUCCACUGCACUCAGAAAGUUAAUUUAAGAACCAGAGGUAGAAGUCCCGGCUUCCUGCUUGAAACCCAAUUCUCCUAUGAAAUAUUUUAAAAGAAGAAACCUAGCAGUCCAUCUUCCUUUUCUCUUUUGUCCGUGUAUUUGGUACCCCUCCAAUGCUGGUCUUUUUGUAGAAACUCAAUAGAGAAAAUAUAGCUGAGCAGUGUUGAAAAGCCUGCAAGAUUUCAGUUUACAUAUCAACAGCAUAGUCACUGAUUUCUAAAUGGGCUGGUCCCAUCAUCUGAAGAUUCUGUAUAGAAUUAUUAAAAAAAAAAAUCCAUCUUUCUUUAUUUUCUUCACAUGCAACAAUUUCUUAAGCACUUUGACAUUUUGGUAGUUCCACACUAUUGAGAGAAUAAUAUAUUUAUUUUGUGACAUUGCAGAUGCCAAAUACUGUAACCUUCUCGUGCUGACAAUACUUUGGUUCAAGAUCACUGUUCAGAUCCUCUCAUGCUUUACCAAUGAUGCGAAAUGACUUUGUUUUUUGCAUUAUCAGUACUUAAGGGUGCAGUCAACUGUUAGUAAUUGUGCAGUAGAGCUCUGUGGUGUAGCAACCAAUAGUUGAGUCUCAGUUGAUUUCUGUAGUGUUUGCCCAAAUAAUAGCCCAUUUCGUCUCUGACCAAAUGGAGGAAACACAGGCUAAAUCACCUUGGAGCGGUCACCCGGAGGGUCCCCUCCAACGUAGCCGUCUGAUUUAUUAUGCUUCCUGCUCUUCGGAGAAUGAAUGGGCUUCACAUAGAGGAAGUUGGCCUCCCCACACAAGCUUUUGAAAUGUUUUCUCAUAGACACAGGGAGGCCAGUUUUGUUUCCGAACGAUUCUCUUCACGAAAUCUCUGUCAUGGUGUUGGGACUAUGUCUCCUGGUUUGUUUCCGUUUCUACUGCUGUAAUUCUCUGUCCUGAUCAUCCCUUUGGGUUCCCGUUCCCUUUUAUAUGCAUAUAUGAUCCUGUGAACAGAAAUAAAUUAUUUAUACAAUCAAA